AAAUCUGCUGCGAACAACUUUCAUGUUAGUUUUCGGAGCAAUUGUCAUUGUUGGUACCAUGUUUUCUUUUUCAUCUUAAAACAGGCUGAGGAGAUUCCGAGUGAGUUUCCUUUCGAAAUCAGCAAAAUCGAGGAGCUUACCAGGACUGACGUUACUCUUACAAGAUGUUUAAAGGGUGAGAAGAUUGAGGUGUUGGUUUCCAUUCCCAGACUUGCCAGUGAUGAGGAGGACGACGAUCUGCAGGAAUCCUCAAACUCGUCAUCAUCAUCUUCAGACGAAACCUCAUCAUCUUCAGACAACGAGACCUCAUCAUCUUCAGAAGACUCUUCAUGGUAUUCAGACGAAACCUCAUCCUCUUCAGACAACGAGACCUCAUCAUCUUCGGACGAGUCCUCGUCUUCAGAUGAGUCAUCAUCAUCUUCGGAAGAUGAAGCUAAGAACCGUACAGAAGAAUACAACCUCCCUAUUUGCAAAAAAAUAGAACACAGCCUCCCUCUCAUGGUCACUGUGUCGAAGCCUGAUGGCUCAAGCAUGAAAUUUGCCUGUGACGCCUAUCAUGACGAGAUCACCAUCGAUACCGUGUCUGUGAGGCAGCGACCAUCAGGAGCUGAGGAAGGAGAUAAUAAUGCAUAUGAUGAGGGUCCUGAUUUCAGUGAUCUGGAUAAGAACCUUCAGGAGGGACUCCACAAGUACCUGGAGGUCCGCGGGAUCACUCCAAACAACAUAAAGUUGCUGCACAAGUACAUAAUCAGCAAGGAAUGGCAACAUUAUCAAGUCUGGUUGGCCAAGCUGCGGCAUUUCGUCAGGAAAAAUUAA